GCAAAACAACAAGAAAAGCAAUUGGUUGACGCUUUCCCUCGUUGGCGGUCAAGGAAAAUUUAUUGCAUUGCACAAAUGAGACAAGAAGAAAACGCAAACGAAGCAAAGGCAAACAUAGAAAAGCGCGAGCAUGGACAAGAAAAAUAACCGAAAAUUCCGCAACAAAUUGAAAAACUAAAAUUUCAGCAGAAGAAAACUAGCAGGAAAACGCAGAGCACUAAAGGAAAACACAGCAUGGAUCCUGCAGCAAACUGUCGAUAUUCAUUAGCCUAUGGCGUCCUCUUCUUUUUGCUGCUCCAGCUGUGUUUCGAAUCCGUGGAAUGCCUGACAAUGACCGAAAUCAAAAUCCCCAAGCACAUUAUGCGCCACGAGGAUGCCGUGCUCGGCUGCAAGUUCGAUCUCGACGGGGAGUCACUGUACUCGGUCAAGUGGUACAAGGAUGGCUUCGAGUUCUACCGCUAUGUGCCCAGGGACAUGCCCCCGGGCCAGGUUUUCCCGCUUCCGGGAGUGGAUGUUGAGUUACAAAACUCGACGGACGUGGUCGUUGUCCUGCGCUCAGUUAGCCUUCAGUCAACUGGCCGAUAUCGCUGCGAAGUGUCCGGCGAGGCGCCUUCGUUUCAGACGGUUUCCGGUCACGAGGACAUGAUUGUUGUGGUGACCCCGAAGCACGGACCACAAAUCACUGGCGGACAGCCGCGUUACCAAAUCGGCGACAUGGUCCGCGUCAAUUGCACUUCGGCGGCGUCCAGGCCGGUCUGCCAUCUCAGCUGGCUGAUUAACGGGAUGCACGCGAACCGCUCGCUGCUGCGACCCUAUGAACCCCUGAUUGUGGGUCGCGAGGGGCUGGAGGUCGCCCGGUUGGGCCUGCAGUUCCGGGUGAGAGAAUGACAUUUCAAGCAUGGCGACAUGAAACUGAAGUGUGUCGCCAAAAUCUCCUCCGUGUACUGGCAGAGCAACGAGGAAAGCGUGGAGAGCGACAAGCACCAGAGGAUUCCGGUGCUGGAGUCGCGGGAGACGGUCAUGUCCAAGUCCCGUCACUCCAUGGACAAGGCUCAGUCCGCGCUCGAAGACAAACAACUGAAGAAGAGCCGACGCCCUGCUGCAGCAACUUCAGCGGCCGCAGCUGCAGCAGCAGCAGCAGCAGCCUCGUCCAGCGCAAGUAGAGCAACUGUGGCGCCAUUUGGGGCGAUGUGGGGCUCAUCGGUGCCCUGGUCACGCAUAUUAGCUUCCAAAUCAAUUGCACGCAUUUCCCUCUACGCGCUGCCAGUCUUAAUAGCAUUUCUGUGUAGCUUCCGACCGGCAGUUGGGCAGGGAUGUUGCCGUCAGAGGAGCACUGGCAGCCGUGGCAGCAGCAGGAGCCUCACAAGCAACAUCAUCAGCAGCAACAGGGAACACAGCAGCAACAUCAACAAGAGCCGCCUGUCUAGCCAAUUAGGCGAGAAGGCUGUUCAGCGUAGAUAACAAUUAACCUGGACGCAAAUGAACAGUGGAGCCAGCUACUCGGCCUAAGACCCAUUAAGUUCUGUGUAUAUAUUUCAAUUUUUGUCACA